AUGAAUUCCUCCAAAGUUCUCUUCACUCCUGCCCUGACUGCUAACAUCUCACGAGCAGCCAGCAAAGGCCUUUACUCUUCCACAGCUACAGCAGCAGGACUCAGAGCCAGCUAUGCCGCCAUCAGACCAUUCAAUUCUCCUCAGCGACGGAACUUCUCAGUCUCCCACAAGGCUCAAUUAGAGUUCUUCCCCCCUCCAAAGAACCUUCCCAACAUCAAAUUGACAGCCCCAGCAUGGCCUCACCAUGGCGCGACCGAAGAACAACUCAAAGGCAUCGAGAUUGCGCACCGUGAAGUCCGCAACGGCUCGGACUGGAUUGCAUACAACAUGGUCCGCUUCCUACGCUGGUGUACCGAUCUAGCCACUGGAUAUCGUCAUGAUCCCCAGAAACCAUAUGUGAUGAACGAGAGGAAGUGGCUGAUUCGCUUCAUCUUCCUUGAGACUGUCGCGGGUGUGCCGGGUAUGGUUGGAGGUAUGCUCAGACAUUUCCGAAGCCUUCGCCAAAUGAAGAGAGACAACGGAUGGAUUGAAACGCUUCUCGAAGAUGCCUACAACGAACGAAUGCACCUCCUCACCUUCCUCAAGAUGGCCGAGCCUGGUUGGUUCAUGAAGCUUAUGAUCCUCGGAGCUCAAGGUGUCUUCUCGAACGGCUUCUUUUUGGCCUACCUAGUUUCUCCUAAGAUUUGCCAUCGUUUCGUCGGGUAUCUAGAAGAGGAGGCCACAAAGACAUACACAUACGCCAUUGAAGACUUGGACAGUGGAAAACUGCCCGGAUGGGAAAAGCUCGAAGCGCCCGAGAUCGCCAUCAGGUAUUGGAAUAUGCCAGAAGGCCACAGGACAAUGAGAGACCUUCUGUACUACAUCCGCGCAGACGAGGCAAAACACCGGGAAAUCCACCACACUUUGGGCAACCUCAACCCGGCCGAAGAUCCAAAUCCGUUUGUGUCCGAGUACAAGGAUCCUUCAAAGCCUCAUCCUGGAAAGGGUAUCGAACAUAUCAGAUCCAAAGGCUGGGAGAGGGAAGAAGUUAUCUGA